UUGUAAGACAGGUGCCUUCGGUUCAUUCUCAGUUAGGGGGCAGUUCCCUGAGUGAGAACAAGUGGAGAACUAGUGGAUUUCUUUUUUUGCGUGAUUUUUUUUUUCAUACCGUCAUUCAGUGUCUGGAUGGCGUGGGACAGGUGUACCCAGGACUCUUUGUGGAGAGAAUUCGAGUGUGCUGCCUUGGUUGGUGAAGACCAGCCUCUUUGUCCAGACCUCCCGGAACUCGACCUCUCUGAACUAGAUGUCAGUGACCUGGAUGCAGAUAGUUUUCUGGGCGGGCUCAAGUGGUACAGUGACCAAUCAGAAGUCAUUUCCAGUCAGUAUGGCAAUGAGUCGUCAAACUUGUUUGAGAAGAUAGAUGAGGAGAAUGAGGCCAACCUGCUGGCUGUGCUCACGGAGACCCUGGACAGCAUCCCGGUGGACGAGGACGGCUUGCCUUCGUUCGAGGCCCUGGCAGAUGGGGACGUGACCAAUGCCAGCGGGCAGAGCUGUCCCUCCACGCCCGACGUUCCCCCACAGCCCCUGGAGGCGGAGGAGCCUUCUCUACUGAAGAAGCUCCUGCUGGCACCCGCCAACUCGCAGCUCAGCUAUAAUCAAUACACAGGUGGCAAGGCGCAGAACCAUGCAGCCGGCAGCCACCGGAUCAGACCAGCAUCUGCUGUCGCCAAGGCGGAGAAUCCCUGGAGCAGCAAACAGCAGAACAGGGCGACCAGACGCCCCUGCGUGGAGCUGCUCAAGUACCUCACGUCCAGUGAUGAGACCCUCCAGACCAAAGCACAGAGGAGCAGCAAAGACAAAAGCGGCGAGGCUUCCUCCUCCUCCUCAUCCUCGCCGUCCUCCUCUUCCACCUCCUCGUACUCCUCCUCCUCCUCGUCCGCCUUCUCAUCAUCACCCUCGUCCUCCUCCUCGUCCUCAUCCUCCUCCAAGAAGAAGCUGUCCUCGGCGCAGCAGCACCACCAGCGAGCCAAACCAACCACCUUGCCACUUCCUUUGACCCCAGAGUCUCCAAAUGACCACAAGGAAUCACCGUUUGAGAACAAAACCAUUGAGCGCGCAUUGAGUGUGGAGCUGUCUGGGACUCCAGGUCUGACACCACCUACCACACCUCCUCACAAAGCCAGUCAAGAGAGUCCUUUCAAAGCUUCGAUCAAAACAAAGGCUUCCUCGUGCAGCUCCGGGGCCCUUGCCAGCAAGAGGGCGGGGUGCGGCGACCCCGCCCCCUGCCUCCUGCCCGCCAACCCCGCAAAGAAGGGCCCCCAGCAGACUGAGCUGUAUGCCCAGCUGAGCAAGAUGUCAGCCCUACCCCUGGGGGGCCAGGAGGAGCGUAGGGGCAAGCGGCCCGCCCCACGCCUGUUUGGCGACCACGACUACUGCCAGUCCUCAAGCACAAAACGAGACGUCUCCACGGCGGCCGCCCCGGGCCGCUCCGAGCUCAGGCGUGCGGAAUGCAGGGAUCCCGCCGUGGCACCUUCUUCCUCUUCCUCCUCCUCCUCUUCCUUGGGCCGCCCGUUUUCGAGGGCAGAGCCGGAGCUGAAAGGCAGCAAAGAGGGCGGGCCCCAGAAUCACUCCUCCCACUCCAGGAAGAUGCUCCGUGACCAGGAAAUCAGGGCGGAGCUUAACAAGCACUUUGGCCUCCCCAAGGAAGCCAUCUACAAGGAGGAGAAGGUGGAGCCCACCCCACCACUGCAGGACAGCCACUCGGAUGACGAGUAUUACUGCAAGCUGCCUGGCUACUUGAACCCGGGUCUGCCCCUGGAGGGGGUCCUGGAGGACAGUGAGGAGGAGAGUGACAGAUUCCUGUUCCCCUGGGAGGGGUCCCACCCAGACCUGCUGUUCGAGGGCUCCCCGUCCUGCUCCCUGUCCAGCUGCUCACCCUCGCGGGGCUCCGUCUCCCCCCCGAAAUCCCGCCUCUCCCCCCAGCACUUCCGCUGGCCCCGGUCGGGCUCCCGGUCGCGCUCCAAACCCGGGUCUCACCGCCAAGGCCGGCGCUCCUACUCGCGGUCGCCUCGGUCGCGGUCCAGGUCUCCCUACAGCCGCUCAUCCUCACGGAGUCGUCACUACGGGGAUUCUGGCAGUUGCAGGGCCAGGACUCACAGGAGCCCCCACACGCUUUCCCGAUCCCAGUCUCCAUCCCCCUCCACCCGGAGACCAAGGUAUGACAGCUACGAGGAAUACCAGCACGAGCGGCUGAAGAGGGAGGAGUACCGCAGAGACUAUGAGAAGAGGGAGUUCGAGAGGGCCGAGCAGAGAGAGAGGCAGAGGCAAAAAGCAAUAGAGGAGAGGCGGGUGGUGUACAUCGGGAGACUGCGAGCCGACAUCACCCGGACAGAACUCAAGCGGCGCUUCGAGGUCUUUGGCGAGAUCGAGGAGUGCACCGUGAACCUGAGAGACGACGGGGACAAUUUCGGCUUCAUCACGUACCGCUACACCUGUGAUGCCGUCGCGGCUCUGGAAAAUGGACAUACCUUGCGCAGGUCCAAAGAGCCCAAAUUCGAGCUGUGCUUCGGCGGACGCAAACAGUUCUGCAAAUCAACCUACACAGACUUGGACUCCCACUCUGACGACUUCGACCCGGCCUCCACCAAGAGCAAGUACGACUCCAUGGAUUUCGACAGCCUGCUGAGGGAAGCCCAGAGGAGCCUGCGGAGGUAACGAACGCACCUCCAGCCGUCUGCCAAGGGGAGGCGCCAUACCUCACUCCGCCGCGUACGUGUCCGUCCGCUGGGAGACCGCCGGAAAGCUCCAACGCCCUGCGCACCAGAAAAAAAAAACGAAACAACAAAUAAAAACAGGAGGAAUGAGAACAAAGACAAAAGUUUACAGGAACCAAGCUGCCCGGAGGGUGGAGAGGUGCCGCCACGGACGGGAACGGCCGGCGAGAGUGGCUCGACACCAUAGAGGGAACGCACUGUAACGGAUGCUCCUCCUCGUCCCGCAACAUCGUCGUGCAGCUUGUUCACUUCUCUUUUUCGAUCGUCUUUUUCUGUGGAGUUUUUAAUCUGAUACUUGGAUGUGGUGUUACAUUAUUAAGAUUUGGGCUGGGUUGGGUGGGCGGGGUAAAUAUAUCUGAGCUAAUACAGUAAGAUUGUUGCCUACAUUUGCUGAAAAUGUAGCUGCGUAUUAAAAAAAAAACAUUUAAGGAGUUCCGAUUGAAGAUUAUUUUUAUUUUGUGUACAUAUCUGACAAAGUUCCUUAUUUGUUACAGCUAUGCACUGUACAAUGCCGCCUUUUGAAAUGAUGCCGAUUUUCAUAACAAAGAAUGUUGAUCUGUGGUUAUUACAAUGAAGUGAAAUGUAUUGUACACCCACACCGACAUGACAUUUCAAUGAUGUGAUAUGAGUGUAUUGAAAUGCAUAUGUGUGUUGUGUAUUGAAUUGGGUGAUUUUUUUUGUUUUUUUUUUUGGGGG